UAACAAGCUGCAACAUAAGGACAUUUUGGGCUGCAGGCAGCCACAUAAAGGACAUAAAGGACAUCUGAUCCGUGGCUCCCAUGUUGAAGCAGUCACUUGAUAUCUUGCUUGUUCUCAAUGAAGGGGAGACUUGACAACAUCCUUCCUGAUCCUGCACAACACCUGAUGUUUUCUUUUUCACGACAGUGGACGUCAAAUUCCGGCAAUGAGAAGCACUUUCGGCAGGCAGAAGCUCAUCAGUGUGCAGGUGUGCAGGGACGGCGCGUGACGCACACCUGUAGGUCUCCGUCUAGUUAGAGGAGAGAAGGUUUCUGUGCAGUCAUGCUGCGUGUUGUUGUGGUGCUGUGGACUCUGCUCCACUUCUGUAAUGCGACCAUCUACACCAACGACUGGGCGAUGAGAGUCAGAGGAGACCGACAGUCUGUGGACAGGAUAGCACAGAAAUAUGGAUUCACUAAUAUGGGUCAGAUUGGAAGCCUGAAGAGUUAUUACAGUUUUCGCCACCACGAGACGGCGAAGAGGUCCACCGUGUCCAACAAAGAGGUGUCUGUUAGCGUCGCCAAGGAGACCAAGGUGGAAUGGCUCCAACAGCAGGUGGUCCUGAUAAGAGCAAAGAGGAGCUCCAGAGCCAGUCACGUCUACUCCAUCGACACAAAGACCAAACACCUUCCCACUGCUCAUCCUCAGUCCGACCGCACCCAGACGCUGCCCUACAACGAGUCAGCGUGGAGCAGCCUGUGGUACACUCACUGCAGUGAUGAGUCCAAAGGCUGCCAGUCUCGCAUGAACAUUGCGGGGGCCUGGAGGAGAGGGUAUACUGGGAAGGGUGUGGUGGUGUCUGUCCUAGAUGAUGGCAUUGAGAGAGAGCAUCCGGAUCUGAAGCCAAAUUAUGAUCCUCUCGCCAGUUACGAUGUGAACGGACAAGACGAAGACCCUUCUCCCAAUUAUUCCAACAACGCCUCUAACUACCAUGGGACACAGUGUGCGGGGAUGGUUGCCGCGGCUGCAAAUAACUCCCUUUGCACGGUUGGAGUCUCUUUCCACGCGCGGAUAGGCGGCAUCCGUAUGCUGGAUGGAGAUGUGACAGACAUUGUGGAGGCCCAAUCACUGAGCUUCAGACCGCAGUAUAUUGAUAUCUACUUAGCUAGUUGGGGGCCAGAAGAUGACGGCGCCACGUUGGAGGGACCCGGGCCUCUAACUCGUCUCGCUUUACAGAAUGGCAUCAAAACAGGCCGGCACGGGAGGGGCUCUGUUUUUGUCUGGGCGUCGGGAAACGGAGGGCGAAGAGGUGACCACUGCUCCUGUGACGGCUACAGCAGCAGUAUCUACACUAUCUCUAUCAGCAGCAGCACUCGACGUGGAAGCCAGCCAGACUACCUGGAGCAGUGCUCCUCCACACUCGCGGCAGCUUCCACUGGAGGGGAGACAGAGGAGAUGGUGACGCUGGGUCCACGGCAGAGCUGCAGCCGGGCUAAACCAGAGACCUCGCUCUCCUCCUCCAUGGCUGCAGGCGUCAUCGCUCUCACUUUGAACGCCAACCCUUUUCUAACCUGGAGGGAUGUGCAGCACAUUAUUGUCCGAACAUCAAAAUCUCAUCAUCUUCUUGCUCCUGACUGGCGCGUUAAUGGAGCUGGAUACAAAGUGAGCCACCUGUAUGGCUUUGGCCUGCUGGAUGCUGAGGCCAUGGUGAAGGAGGCCGAGCGUUGGAAACGAGUCCCCUCACAGCACAAGUGUGUGGAGGAGGCUCCCAUCCAGCUGAGCAGAACUAUUCAUCCCGGCUUGGCGCUGACGUCCGUGUGUGAGAGUACAGGCUGCUCCGGCGAGCCCCUGCAGCACGUUGUUUAUGUGGAGCAUGUCGUCGUCCGUGUUACCAUCACUCACAGUCGUCGCGGCGACCUUUCCAUUACUCUCACGUCACCUUCAGGCACCGUGUCGCAGCUGCUGGCUAACAGGCCUCUCGACGACUCCAUCGAGGGAUUUCAGAGGUGGGAAUUGAUGACAACUCACAGCUGGGGGGAGCAGGCAGCGGGGGAAUGGACUUUGAACAUCCAGGAUACUUCCUCUCUGAAGAGAGACAACACUAAACUAGGGACGCUAAAGGAGUGGUCCCUGGUGAUAUAUGGCACCGCGGAGCCGCCGUAUCCCAGGCAUCGUGUGCGAGCCCGAUCGGCUGAGAUGCCGAUGGAGAGUGACCUCACUGAAGAAUACAGUGGACCCUGCGACCCAGAAUGCAGUGACGAUGGUUGUGAGGGGCCCAGCCCGCAGCAGUGUGUCACGUGUUUGAACUUUUUUCUCAAGUUCAAGAACAACACAAGGAUGUGUGUAUCAGAGUGUCCCAGGGGAUUCUGGGGCGACCGCCGGCGUUGUAAGAGGUGCUACUCCUCCUGCGAGAGCUGCACCGGGAGUCGCAGUGACCAGUGCGCUUCCUGUCAACCUGGUCAUCAUCUAACUGAGGGGACCAAUACCUGCAUGGCCACCUGUGGGGAUAACUACUACCUCGACCACGAUGCAAAUAUGUGCAGAAAGUGCAGUGAAAACUGCUUGAAGUGCACCUCCUACAGCAUCUGCACAGAAUGCAAACCAGACACAAGUCUGCAGGGGAACCGGUGCCAGCGGAGCUGCACGGCGGGAUUCUACCACGACCAACAGGAAGGCACAUGCAAGCCCUGUCAUAAGGCCUGCGCUACCUGUGCAGGUGCAGGUGUUGCGGCAUGCAACCAUUGUGCAGAAGGCUACUUGAUGGAGGAGUGGAGGUGUGUGUCCUCCUGCAGUGCUGGCUUCUACGCCACAGAGCCAAACCCAGAGAUAGCUGAUGGGCACAGGAUAUGUAGGAGGUGUGACGCCAGCUGUCUCACCUGUGUGGCGCCGAGCCGGGGGAACUGCAACAGCUGUUCCAGCGGUCACAGCCUGCAGGAGGGAGCGUGUGUUGUUAACACUGUGUGCACAGACGGAGAGUACCAGGACGGUGACGGAGAGUGCCACGCGUGUGAUGCAACGUGUCUGAAGUGCACGGGGCCGCAAACAGAAGACUGCAUCAGCUGUGUUUCUUCACGGGCUCUGGAUGUGGGCCACUGCGUGGUGGAGUGUUCAAAGGGCAAGUACCAGUCAGGUGGCCAGUGUCACCUGUGUGACCACACCUGUGCCACCUGUGUGGAUGCAGGGCCGGCCAACUGUACCAGCUGUGACACUGAUAAGUUUGGACUGGAGCGUUACCUGUAUGGAGGCCUGUGUGUGGACGCCUGUCCCGAGGCCUUCUACCACACCAAGGAGAGGAGCUGUGAGCCCUGCUUGGACCACUGCCGCCUCUGCAACAACCCCACCCACUGCCUCGUGUGUAACUCGUCCUACUACGUCUCUGAUGGAGUGUGUGCGAAGCUGGAGUGUGGAGAAGGGGAGGUGGAGGAUCCAGAUUACGACGACUGCAUGGCCUGCGAGGAGGGCUGCAGGAAGUGCGUCUUGUUUUUCAGGAUGGCUGCUACAAAAAACUGCCCGGCUAAGACAUACGGCAUGGAAAAGGAGAUGACCUGCGUUCCAUGUGAUGACAGCUGUGUGAGCUGUGAUGAACAUCAGUGCUACUGGUGUGAGACCGACCUCUUCUUAUCAGAGGGGAGUUGUGUUUCAGUGUGUCCCGAUGGUUCAUAUGGCGACGAAGACACCAACGACUGUGAGGAGUGUCACUCAGACUGUGCGACAUGUGGCGGCCCGGAGACCGAUGACUGUCUGUCCUGUGAGGACGGGAAGAUGCUAGAAAGCGGAGAGUGUGUGUCUGACCAUGAGGUCUGUCCCAUUAAGACCUUUCGCAGCGAUGACGGAGAGUGCGAGGACUGCCACCCAUCCUGUGAGUCCUGCUCUGGAGAGGAGAAGAACCAGUGUACAAAAUGUGCAAAAGGGCGGUUUCUGACCACACAGCAAACAUGUGUGUCAAAGUGUCCGGGGGGGUUCUUUGCCAGUCGGCUGAGCGGUGUGUGUGAGGCCUGCCCUCCAGGCUGUUUGCAGUGUGUCGACGCUCAGCACUGCAGCCGCUGUCAGAGCACUCGCAAAGCUCAAUUAUACCUGCAGGCUGGACAGUGUGUCCAGCAGUGUGUCAGGGGUUACCCUGCAGGUCAGGUGUGUCGUAGCUGUGCAGCAGGCUGUGCGUCCUGUGGGAAGAACGCCACCCACUGCCUCAGCUGUGAAGAACCUCUCCUCCUACACAAGCACCAGUGUGUGGAGGAGUGUCCUCCGGCGCACAUUGUCCGGGACAGGGAGUGCCAACACUGCCCCUCAGCCUGCCAGGAGUGCAACCCGCUAGGGCAAUGCACAGGCUGUGAGGAGCAUCACUUCCUCCACGAGGGUCUGUGUGUGCCGGACUGUCCCGAGAGGUUCUUUGAGGACAAAGAGCAAAGGGAGUGUUUGCGUUGCCACCCUGACUGCGCUUUGUGUGACGGCCCGAACAACAACGACUGUGAUGGCUGUACGGACCCCGAGGCCACUCUGUACAACGGAGCGUGCCUGGCAGCCUGCCCCUCCCAUACCUAUAGAGACGCUAUCACAGAAGAAUGUAAAGACUGCGAUGCAUCAUGCCUUACCUGCCUCCACGCCGGCUCCUGCACCAGCUGCAGAGAGGGUCACAGGCUAGAGGGCCACGGACAUUGUGUGCCAUCAACCAACAAUUGCUCGCCUUACCAGUACGCAGACCAGGACGAGGAAUGCCAUCCGUGUCACAAAUACUGCCACCGGUGUUCAGGUCCCGGCAAAACUCACUGCCUGAGCUGCAACCAGAGACAUCUCUUGCUCAAUGGCACCUGUGUGGAUGAAUGCCCCACGGGUUACUAUGAGGGUGAGUCGUGGCAGAAAUGUGAACCUUGCCACCCUUCCUGUCAGUCCUGCGUUGGAAAGCACAGCCACGAGUGUCUCUUCUGUAAAACCCACCUAUUUCGAGAGGGCAAAGAGUGUGUGGAGACCUGCCAGCACAGUCACUAUGGAAACACAGACUCAAGGAUGUGUGAGAAGUGUGAUGCGAGUUGCGGCGAGUGUAUCGGGGGCGAGGAGGACAGCUGCCUGAGCUGCCCUCCGGGUCUCAUCUACUUGCGGAAAGAAGGCCGUUGCCUCCCCUCGUGCCCUCAGGGACACUACCACGACGCUGCGCACAGGACCUGCGAGCCCUGCCACGCCAGCUGCAGAGCAUGCUCAGGAAAAGAUUCCCUGUCCUGUGACUCGUGCUACCCGGGAUACCUGCUCUCAGAUGGCAUCUGUGAGUCCAUGUGCAAAAUCGGCCUGUUUCCUGUAAUAACGCGUUCAGGUCACGUUUGUGAACGCUGUGAUGGCUCUUGUAUGGAGUGUCGGGGUCCUGGUCCGGCCAACUGCACCAUGUGUCCCACUCAGGCCAUCUUAGAGGCUGGAGGGCGCUGCCUGCUUUGUUGCCGCCAUGAGGAGGAUGAAGAGGAGGAUGAGGAUGCGGACACAACGCAGAAGGACUGUUGUAACUGCACUGAGACUCGAGGAGAGUGUGUCCUGAGCACCAACUUGGCGUUCAGAAAUGAGGAGGAGCAGGAUGGAGGCAACCUGGCAAUCUUCAUCAUCGCCUCUAUACUGUUGGUGCUUGGACUGGUGGCUGUCGUCUUCAUCAUCAGGCACUCCCGCUCCAAGAGAGCGCCCCCAGACAUUACUCCCCGUGGCUAUGAGAAGCUGGGCUCCGGCAGGGGAUUCGGAGGCGGCUACAGCUCUGCUUCCUCUGCGUCUUAUAGCAGCCACGCCAACUCCUCCGGCGGCCGGUUGGUUGACAUUGCUGAACGUCGCACAGGGAAUAAGGAUGAUGAUGAUGACGAUGAUGAUGAUGAUGAGGACAUUGUUUACAUGGGCCAGGAUGGCACCGUGUACAGGAAGUUCCGGUAUGGACAGCUGGGAGACGACAACGAGGAUGAGUUGGAGUAUGAUGAUGAGAGCUACACGUUCCGGUGAAGUAUAAGAAUUUCUCAAAAGAAACAUUUCUCUUCUGGAUUCCUUCUCUUUCUGUCUCUCCUUCCUCUGUACUGUUUAUCUCCUCCUGCCCUGAGGGACAGACCCAUUUAUCCUUCACUGAAUAGGAGCUGAACCAAAUGAGACAUGAGAAGCAAUUUAUAAUGAGAUACAUUUUUACAACUGCUAUCCAUUCACAAAAUGUGCUGCUGAAUAAUUCUAUGUUUUGCAUUCUUAAGGACUUUUUACAUAAUUACAACUUGGAUUUCUGGAAUUUGUUUGGAGUAUGAUGACUUCCCCCAUAUAUAACAUAGGCAUUUACUAGUUUUGACAGUUUAAUUAAAAGGUGCUCUAUACGAGAGCCAGAGCAUUAAUAUAGCAGCAAACAACUAUUUGCUAUGUAAAGAUAUACAGCAGUAAUGUCUACCUGAGCAGAGAAUGAAGUAGAGUCGGGCGAUAAACCGAUUUGAUCAAUUAAUUAGAAUUCAUGGUUUAAGACGAUUUAAAAAUUACAAUCAGCUCUGUUAGCAGUGUUGUUAGCAGCGAGCCGCCGCCAUGUUGAGGCAAUAGAAAUGCUCCCAAUCUCGCAUUUAGCACCUUUAAUCAUAUUAUUCAUCUUUUUAAUUGUUGUGGUGUUGGAUUAGGAUUUUAAAUUUGAUUGAUCAUGGUCUUUCUUUAGCUUUUUCUAUAUUGUGUUCUGUUCAAAUAAAGACUUG